CGCCUCUUGAAGCGUCUGAGGCCGGCUGCUCCUCUCUGUUACUGCACUCUAAAUUAGUCAAGGACGUCAAUGUUUGACUGCAAAAUGACGUCGUAGGACAGUUAUUAUUUUUGAGAAUUUUCAUCAAAUUUGUACAUUUGGAGUAUGCUUUUUCCUACUUUAUGCGUUCUUGCUUAAUAUUGCAGUGAAGAUGUUUUUGUGCAUUGUUCUUCUCACAUGCGGCGCGCUGUUGGAACAAAACAGCGCAGCGCCACAGAGCAAAUGGUCUGCAGAUACCGAGCAUGACCAACAGAUAGACCCCCUGCAGCAGGAGGUCCAUGGACAAGAGAGCAUUCUGUCUCAGCUACUGGGUGAUUAUGACAAAGUGAAAGCCAUCUCGGAAGGCUCUGACUGUCGCUGUAAAUGUGUUGUCAGACCCUUGAGCAGAAGCGCGUGCCGGCGGAUAGAGGAGGGACACGCGAGAGUGGAGGACUUCUACACCGUGGAGACUAUCACCAGUGGACCCGAGUGUAAGUGCGCCUGCAUCGCUCCUCCGUCUGCUGUCAACCCCUGUGAAGGAGAGUUCAGAUUGAAAAAACUUAAAGAGGCUGGAAAGGAGAAUACAAAGCUGUCGACCAUCCUGGACUUGCUUGAAGGAUCUUUCUAUGGUAUGGACUUGCUGAAGCUACACUCUGUUACCAGCAAGCUGCUGGAGCGGAUUGAUCACAUUGAAAAGGUGGUUUGGAACAAGUCUCAUACUGAAGCAAAUCCUCAACAGAAUUCCCCACUACAGACAGACAGCACCGGCAGCCCACCAAGUCAAUCACUACAUGAAAAGAAAAAUAAGAAAUUGUUGCGUACACAAGUCAACAAUGCCAAGUUCGAGAAGUUUGUUGGAGAAAAUCCUUCUGUCAUCCACACUGAGAGAUCUGCUGAAGUCAUUGAGAUGAGCUCUAAGGAGACACCCAAAAAUACUGUCCAUCAAGUGACAAAAACUGGACCCAAUGGACUCAUCAUUCGAGGAAUGACUUUCUACAAAUCAGAGUCAGACCCAAUGGUAGCAGAUGAUGGCGAGCCUGGGGAGAACUUGUUUGAGUAUGAUUCGUUCAGUGGAGAUGGCCCCAUUAAUCUUUUUAUUGAAGAGAAUCUUCUUCAACACAAAACCCCACACCCAAGGACCAGACCAGGACAAAAGACAUUUAGAUCAAAAACUGAACAUCAAUUUAGCAGAUACUGGAAAACAUCAAAAUACAGAAAAUCUAAGGAGGCAGAAACACACAAAGAAUCACCAUCUGAAUCAACUAUACACUUUCCAAGUGCAACCAACUCUAUGCUGUAUUUGCAAAAGUACACUUCAAAACCCAAACCAUUGCCUACUGAUGUGACUGAUGAGCCACAUGUAACUAAAACUACAGUGGACCCAGUCCCAUCCCAUGGAAGGACGGACACACAAGACUCUACUGAGGCCUUUUUAACAAGCAAGACACCACUCACCAUGAUGAAAACAUCUGAUCAAAUGCUCAGUAUCCAAGCUACUAUGGCUAGUCCAGCUUCUACUAGUAUUACCACUGCAACUGCAGCUGCAACUACUAUGGUCCCUACAUUAUACACUACCCCAACUUUAGAGUCAACAACAUUAGCUCUAUCAGCUGGAGCUAGUAAAGAUGAAACAUCUAUGCCACUUUCCACACAACCUUUGACACUGAUGACCCCAGAACACACCCCUUGGCCCUCAACCACACCUGGGACCACCACGCCUUCUGCUACGACUGCUACUACCACUUUGGUUUCUUUCACUACUGCUAAACCUGUACCAGUCGAGUCAAAGCCAAUCAAAGAUGAGAAACUCCACAUAAGAAAACCAGCAGACUGUAAGGACACACUGGCCACCAUUUCUGAGCCUGUCACUCACAACACUUAUGGCAAGAGUGAGGGAGCAUGGAUGAAGGAUUCAACAUCUAUUAGUGGCAAAAUAUAUGUCACAAACUAUUUCUAUGGGAACAACCUUUUGGAAUUUGCCAACCUGGAAGUCUUUAAACAAGGCCAUUUUACCAAUUCCUACAAACUCCCUUACAACUGGAUUGGUACUGGUCAUGUGGUUUAUCGUGGUGCAUUUUACUACAAUCGUGCCUUCUCUCGGGACAUCAUCAAGUUUGACCUUCAUCAUCGCUAUGUUGCUUCGUGGACCAUGUUGCACGAUGCAGUGUUUGAAGAGUCUUCCACACCUUGGGAAUGGCGCAGCUACUCGGACAUCAACAUUGCAGUGGACGAGAGCGGACUUUGGAUCAUCUACCCAGCACUGGAUGACGAGGGCUUCCUUCAGGAGGUGGUGGUCCUUAGUCGGUUGAACCCAGUGGAUCUGAGCAUGCAGAGGGAGACCACAUGGAGAACUGGACUCAGGAGAAAUCAAUAUGGAAACUGCUUCAUUGUCUGCGGGGUGCUGUAUUUUGUAGACAGUUACAACCAAAGAGAGGCUAACCUGGAGUAUGCCUUUGACACACACACCAACACUCAGAUGAUUCCCAGAAUGCCUUUCACUAAUAAUUACACAUAUACAACACAGUUAGAUUAUAAUCCUAACGAGGGAGUACUAUACGCAUGGGACAAUGGACAUCAAGUCACAUACAAUAUUAAGUUUGCAUUUGUAGAGCCUUGAGUUGUUAGUUUAAUAAUAAUAAGUGGGUUGUAGAUCAAUCCAGAAAUUCCUUUUUUGUGUGUUUUCAAGACAAUUGUAGGCCUGGUUCCUCUAUAAACAAAUGUGUUAUUGUAUAUAUUGUAAAGGUGUAUAAAAGCCCUAUGAGGUUAUUGAAUGUAGAGGAGGGAGAGCGAUUCAAUGAUGUCAAGUAAAGUGCAAAAAUAUUUUUUUGUAUUGUUUUUUACAUGUUUGACACAACUCAUGUGAAGGCACUUACUUCCUCCAUAUCAGAUAGUCUUAAAAAAAACAAAAACAAUGAUAUU